UUAAUGGAAUACACCUGUUUGCAACGAAUUGGCUUUGCAAUCUAAAUUGUUCAAUAUCUACGAAACUAAUGGUCAGAAUCUGCACCUGCUAAAUAUUUUGACACCCAUAUAAUUGAAAAGAUAAAGAGAGAACUUUAAAAAAGAUGGGUAAUGAAAGUUCCCUGCCAAUGGAGAUGUGCUCCAAUUUUGAUGCAGAUGAAAUUCGUAGAUUGGGAAAGCGUUUUCGGAAGCUUGACCUAGAUAAUUCUGGAUCUUUGAGUAUUGAUGAAUUUAUGUCACUCCCAGAACUGCAACAAAAUCCUCUAGUUCAACGUGUCAUUGAUAUAUUUGAUGCAGAUGGAAAUGGAGAAGUUGAUUUUAAAGAGUUCAUCCAAGGUGUUUCACAGUUCAGUGUUAAGGGUGACAAGGAGUCAAAGCUGAGAUUUGCAUUUAGGAUCUACGACAUGGAUAAUGAUGGCUACAUUUCGAAUGGAGAAUUAUUUCAGGUUUUGAAAAUGAUGGUCGGUAACAAUUUGAAGGACACGCAGCUCCAGCAAAUUGUAGACAAAACAAUUUUGUUCGCCGACAGAGAUGAGGAUGGCAAAAUUAACUUUGACGAGUUUUGUUCUGUGGUUGGAAAUACAGACAUACACAAAAAGAUGGUUGUGGAUGUGUAAUUUUAUUACAUUUCAUUCUCAAGUUGAAGACUUCUGAAGAAUGAAUCUGCUACUGUUUCCAUCUUCUGUAUUUCAAAAUACCUUGUCUUUUGGAUGUUAGUUUUCUCUAAAGGUUACUCCCAUUUUAUCUUUCUUUCAAGCACAUUCUUUUAAAUAAUAUAAAUAUGGACCAUGUUGCGAUAAUGUUGGAAAUGUUUUUGUUGUGUCUGCAGUCUGUGACUUGCAGAAAUUUACAAUGUACAGUUCUCAAAGUCUUCGUAUGUUUAAAAUCACUUAGACCAGUGUUCCCCAACCUUUUUUUGUCCAUGGAACCCUCCUGACCUAAAAUAAUACCGGCGGAACCUUAUGCCAAAACAGGACGACAAGAUUUUGUACAGAAAAUAAUGGAGAAAGAAAGCCACUGCCUUUAUGAUGUGUUGUGUACAUAAAAUUUCACACUGCAUGUUGCAGCGGAGGAACAAACUGCUUUUUUCAAAUAUCGCUCCUAAAACGAGUAAAGGAAAGUUCACUGAAUCAUCACUUCGUCAGUUUUGCACUAACAUAAUUCUGGCAUUGCUGAUAUUGAAAGAGAAACAUUUACCUGAAGAGGAAUGACAUUAAACUGCCAGAAUGCCGAUCACUCGCGUGAGAUAAUGUACAAGACAACUUUCCGAGGCUGGCACACUUUGUUCUAAAAGGAAAUUAUGCACAAUCAGAAUUCAAAAUUCUAGCUUUGUUCCUGGGCCAGAAUUACAACUUUAAAAGUUCUAAUUUUGGUCAGAAGCAACUCAGUAAUUUGUGAUUUUAAUAAGUAAAACUUAUCCACACCCGCAGGUUUCCAUGGAACACUGGGAAUGAACUUUUCUACAGCCUCUUGGACUUUUAUGUAAUUGUGUUCGCUUUCCAACUCUCAAAUUAUUGUCCUCGAGUCAUAAUAAGCCUAAAUAUUUAUUCUUCCAUCUCAAACACUUUUUGCACUAAUAUAUAUGUAUCCAUUGUUGUCAUUCAUUAAAUUUGUGUGGUUGAGGGAAGUUUUUCUCUUAUAAUAUCAAGUAAGUGUGCUGUGUACUGUCUCUCUUGGCUCAUUUUCAAGAAAAGACAGCAUAUACUCUGGUUAGAAACUUAUUAUAGGAACUGGGGAUAAACUUCAAGUGACUGUAGUGAGGAUUUGGGGGUGACAGAUCCGGCUGUAAUGUGGCUCGAUCCUUUUAUGUGCAGAUGCACUAAGUUUGGUCUUGUAUUUGUCAGGAAGGGAAACUGUCAAGAAUCUAAAGAUGGCCGUCUUCUGGGUUGUAUCGCCGUGUAGUCUGGUAGAAGUUUACCAUUUCAGAGGUCCUUGCUGCCUCCAGGGUGAUGAGGAUCUCUGAAAUGUUGGUAAACUACCAUACUACAUGGUGCUACAACCCAGAAGACAGCCAUCUUCAUACACACAGUCAUAAGAACCUCAAAUCCUGCUUUGCCAAGAAUCUAUGGAGACUCAAAGCUGACUGCCAUUGUAAGUAUGUCUUGCACAAACGAUACUAUUGCUCCAGUCUCUGUGAUUUGUUCUUGAUACACGAUUUGGACUGGAACUUUAACCAAAAACCUGCAGUUACAGCAUUCAUACUUAUGAUGUGCAAAAGUUGUUUUAAAAAGUGUCACUCGAGUUUUCCCUUUCCUGAAUGGUGCCAAGGGGGUUUAAAAAGAAAGAUAACCUAACCUAACUUGGUUAUCAAUUGUUAUAUUCCCACAGAACUCUUUUGUAUGUAUAUAAUACACUUAUAUUACAAAUCUAUAGAAAUGUUAUAACUUAAUUGUACACUUGGAUGUUAAGCGACCCCCCCCCCCCCUUACAAAGAAAAUGAAUUUAUAAUUUCAUAUUCAUAUGUACUUAUGUAGGAUUGUUAGUGUUUUGCUGUUUCAUUAACUUAUCACGCUAUCAGAUGGGCACUGUGGCAAUAUUUAAUGACAAACUGUAUUUAUAGAAAUUUUUUUUUGAUCAUAUUAGACAAGUUUAAAAUUUGGUGGGGUCAUAUGACAUGGUUAUGUUUGACUGUAAUUUUAAAAAUGUUUAAACAGUUAUGUAAAUGUAACUUUUUUCAAUCUUAAAAUAAAAUGAAUCCCUUUUA